CUGCGGGAUGGCGUCAUCACAGAGCGCGUCGCCUGCAGGAUGGUGGCUCCCGCCCGGCUCCUCCGGCGGGCCUUAUCCUCAGCGUCCGACGGGCGGAGGCCGAGGAGGGCGUGGGAGGCUUCGCUGUCGCCUUUGGAGAGACUGAAGCGGCUGCUGCCGCCGGAGCAGGCUGCGGCGGUGGAGCGCUGCGCGGAGCCCCGCUCCUCGGCCUCCUCGCAGGCGCCUCCCGAGGAGAAAAUGGCGGCACCGAGCGCGGCGCCCACCGCAGCGCCUUCCCCGCAGGGACCUCGCGAGGAGAAAAUGGCGGCGCGCCUCAGCCCGCUCCGCGCGGGGGAGCUGGCGCUGGCGGAGCUGCGGAGGAAGCACAACGCGACGCUGAAGCUGCUGUGCCGCUUGGAGGCGGGCGCGGUGCUGAACUCGCACGGCGGGCUCCUGCCGCACCGGGACAUCAUUGGGCAGCUGCCCGGGCAGCUGCUGCGCUCUUCGGCCGGGGCGCGGCUGCUGCUGAGGCGGCCCUCGCUGGACGAGUACGUGCUGCUGAUGCCGCGGGGACCCACCAUCGCCUACCCCAAGGAUAUCAGUGCUAUGCUGAUGAUGAUGGAUGUCCACCCAGGAGAUGUUGUGUUGGAGAGUGGCAGCGGGUCUGGUGCUCUGAGCUUGUUUCUGUCAAGAGCAGUUGGGCCCGAGGGACGUGUUAUCAGCUAUGAAAUCAGAGAUGACCAUCACAACUUAGCAAAGAAGAACUACAGGCAUUGGCGCACAACGUGGAAAAUAGGACAUAUGGAGGAGUGGCCAGAUAACGUGGAUUUCAUUCUUAAAGACAUCUCAAGAGCUGCUGAGGAUAUGAAAUCUUUAACAUUUGAUGCAAUAGUUCUGGAUAUGCUUAACCCUCAAUCUGCUCUGCCUGUUGUACACCCCAGUCUUAAAGAGGGUGGUGUGUGUGCUGUGUAUUUAGCUAACAUCACACAGGUUAUAGACCUUUUAGACAGAAUACGGACAUGCAGGCUCCCUUUUGCCUGUGAAAAGAUCGUUGAGGUAACUCAUAGAAAUUGGUUGGUGCUCCCUGCUAAAAUCAAGAACUGCAAAUCAAGCCAAAGAGUGGAAACUCAAGAAGAUAUCGAGGAAGAUCCUCAACACAAAGAAUGUGAUGAAAUCCAAACUCUGGAUCAAAUAGUUCUUAACGAAGGUGAAGGCGAUGAAUCAUUUCCUGAUGAUGCUGAAACACACUGCUCAGCACCUUACGUUGCAAGACCAUCGCGUUGGCAGGACGCUCAUUCAGCAUUCCUCACCAAGCUGAGAAAGUUUCGACCACCACUUUCUUGAUGCUGCUGCUGUUAGCUGCUAACCUGAGGUUGUAUCAGAAUAAAGAGUUACAAAAUA